AAUUAAUUUCUACGCUUCUCCCUCUGCAAUUACUCCUUGAGAGCAUCUCUCGCUAGAAUACUGAGUAUUGCUGACUUGAGCGUCGGAGUGUUUCCCCGAGGAAACAACCUCGGGAUUUUCAGGUGCAGAAGCAGCUGAGGAUUUCAACAGUGUUGGACCGCGAAGCUGCCGAAACAUUGGCGCCGUCUGUGGGAAUCCGAACAAGAAGUUGUGUAACUUAACCUGCUGAAAGACAAAAUGGUUCGAACUUUUACAGGAGGUCGCCCCCCAAGGAACGAGGUGGACGAACAGGAGGACGCUCAAGUAUCUGAGCCCGGAUUGAAUGACUUUAGGCCAAUGCCGAGAAACCUCUUCGUCGGGGGAGCCGAACAGGAUCACCUAAGAACAAGACAAAGACCUUCUAGACCGUACAAUUCACAGCGUGAACGACCUGAAAGGUCAACAAAACCUGCUCGGACAACCGAGCUCGAAGAGAGAACCAGAGUUCUCGAAAUGGCAAUGGGAAAAAUCCUUGCCCGUCUGAUUCCUGAUGACCCCCUGAUUACUUUGUUGAACAGGAAUGCGCAACCAACUGCGGUUGUUGCAACUCGAAAUUCCCCCACUCUCAGCAACAUAGUAGUGCCGACCAGGCCAAGGGGAAGUGGGAAGUUGAAUAUCGAGCCCAGCUCGUCCAAACAUAGUGAAGAACUGAUGAGGAAGAACGCAGAUCUUGAAAGGCAGCUGCGGGACGUACAAAAGUCUAUAGACAAGCUGAAAAGUCCCAGGUCACAUCAACAGACUCUGGAUUUGGAUAGUGCACCACUAAACUUAUCCAUUACGGCAGAGCCGUAUCAAGAGGGAUUCAAAAUUCCCCACCUGGAGACAUAUGAUGGCACGGGUGACCCUGAUGAACAUCUGCACACCUAUCAAGCCAUCAUGAGAAUCCAAAACGCCAAUGAUGCCAUGAUGUGCAAAGUGUUCCCAGCAACGCUCAAGUCAACAGCCAGGAGAUGGUAUCACAAACUCCCCAGACAUUCAAUAAAUUCGUUUUCCCAGCUCGCCAAGCUGUUUUCUAACAAAUUUGCGAGCCAAAGAGACAUCAAGCGCACAGCAACUGAGCUGAUGCAAGUUAACCAGAAGGAAUGGGAGUCUUUGAGGGAUUACAUGCAGCGGUUCAACAAAGCCACCUUGGACAUUGAUAAUGUCCCAAACACGAUUUGCCUGUCCGCCCUGUUGCACGGGUUGAAGCGUGGCCGGUUCCUAGACGACCUGCUUGAAAACCAGCCGAAGACGUGGAACGAGGUGAAUGACAGGUCGGCUAGCUUCAUACUGUCAGAGGACUUUCAAUCGUCCAAGCGACGAGCUGAUGAUAAGCCGAGCAAAGGCAAGGAACAACAACCAAGAAGAGAAGAGAAGAAGAAGCAGAAGGUCAAUGAGCAAUGGGGGAAACCAGUUGAGUUCCCGAAAUAUGCCAGUUACAUUCCUUUGACCUUACCUAGGUCUCAAAUCCUGGCACAAAUUCAGCACUGGGUUAGGAGACCUCCACCCCCACUACAUGAUUCCCCGAGGGCAGAUAAGAGCAAGCAUUGUGACUACCACCAUGUAUAUGGUCACAAUACAGAGGACUGCCAACACCUGAAGGACGAGUUAGAGUUUUUGGCUCGUAACGGGAAGCUAGAAGGGUAUGUUCAGAAGCCUCACACCCAGCAACCCGCUCAAACCCAUUUUGUACAGGCGUACGACAGACCUCAAGGACAGAGGUACCAGCAUGGUGGGACACAAGACGCAUAUCAGGAUAACCAGUAUCCUUCUGAACAGGGCAGAGCAUACCGAGGAUGUCCUUUCAACAGGAGAGGACAGGGACCGAGAACUACCGCCCCGAAUCAAAAAGACAGGAAAGGGGUAGGUUAUGCUGGGAUACCCCCACCUUCUGGUACCAUAAACAUGAUAUCGGGUGGUGUUCACUCUGGGGGCCAAAGCGCCCGAGGUCGUAAGACGUAUGCACGCCAGAAAAUGCAGCUGAAUCCAAACUCACUGCAGAAAUAUGAAGGGCCUAUAUAUGGGUUCGACAAUCAGCCCGUCCUGGUUGAAGGAAUCAUUACCCUACCCAUCUAUGUGGGCUCAAAGCCACGGUUUAGAAUGGCUUCCGUUACCUUCCUGGUCGUCAAGAUGGAGUCAGCUUUCAACGCUAUACUGGGACGAGCUACCCUUUGCGAGCUGAAGGCUGUCAUCUCACAACCUCAUCUCUGCAUGAAAUUCCCAACUCCUCAGGGGGUAGGAGUGCUUAAAGGGAACCAGAAGAUGGCAAGAACAUGCUACCAAGAUACCUUUAAGAAGGUUGAGCUCGCUGCUGCCCCUACAGAUUCUGAAAAUCACAAACCAACCCAGCUCGCUCAGCAAACAAUGAGCAUUUCGGACAUUGAACACCGACCUGAGGGUGUCGAGCAGAAAGCAGAGCCAGUGGAGCCGGUAGAAACAGUCCCUCUGAACCCUGAUGUGCCGGAACGAACGGUUAAGAUCAGCACCAAACUCACAAAGGAGGAACGGGCAGAGCUUCUGAAGUUUUUGAGGGACAAUCAAGACAUGUUUGCGUGGACUACGGAUGAAAUGCCGGGCAUCCCUGCAGAGUUGACAGUCCACAAGCUAAGCACGGAUCCCACCAGAAGGCCGGUGGUACAGAAACGUAGCCUUUUCGGCCCGGAGAAGCAAGCUGCCAUAGACGAAGAGAUAAAAAAGUUGCUACAAGCAGGCUUCAUCAGAAGAGUGGAGUACUCUGAGUGGGUGUCCAACCCUGUGCUCGUCAAAAAACCAAAUGGCAAGUGGAGGAUGUGUAUUGAUUUCACCAACCUCAAUGAUGCAUGCCCAAAAGACCCUCAUCCCUUGCCAAAUGUCGAGAAGUUAGUAGAGCGGGCAGCAGGACACGAACGGAUGAGCUUCCUUGAUGCCAGUUCAGGUUAUCAUCAGGUCCAGCUGUUGCUAGACGACCAGGAGAAAACAGCUUUUUACGCUGGUGAUGCAAUCUACUGCUACGUCAUGAUGCCGUUUGGCCUCAAAAAUGCUAGAGCAACAUACCAAAGCCUAGUGCAAAUCAUCUUUAAGCUCCAGAUCGGCAGAAACCUAGAAGUAUAUGUGGAUGACAUGAUAGUCACCAGUGUGCGAGCUGAGGAUCACAUAGGCGACUUGGAUGAAACUUUUCAAAACUUGCGCCGAGCACAAAUGAAGCUGAAUCCCUUGAAGUGCACGUUUGCUGUGGAAUCCGGGAAAUUCCUAGGGUAUGUGGUAUCCAAGAAAGGAAUUGAAGUAAAUCCAGAGAAGCCAGAUCGGCAGAAAGGUGCCUUCCGUUCUUCAAAGCUCUGCGGGAGCCUAAAAACUUUCAAUGGACUGAUGAGUGUCAACAGGCGUUUGACGAACUCAAACGAAGAGGCAGUAAGUUCGGUCCUAUUAAGGGAAGAGAAUAAGAGACAGAAGCCUAUCUGCUAUGUGAGCAAGGUAUUACAAGGUGCCGAGCAGAACUACCCACUAGCAGAAAAGGCUGCUUUUGCUUUGGUCUGCACGGCUCGUAAGUUGAGAGCCUAUUUUCAGUCUCAUCAGAUUGUUGUCUAUACCGAUCUGCCAUUGAGAAAAAUAUUGCAGAAACCUGAACUCUCUGGUCAGCUUAUUGGAUGGAGCGUCGAGCUGAGUGAAUAUGACCUGAAGUUUCAGCCGCGCACAACCAUAAAAGGCCAAGCCAUUGCAGACUUUCUGGUAGAAUGCAUCUCGGCGACGGAGGUAGACAAGGCGCUUGAUUACCCAGCCUGGGUUCUGUAUGUUGAUGGAGCUGCUAACAUUGAAGGGUCAGGUGCUGGGGUUGUGUUGAUAGGCCCAGAUGGCUUUAAAUCUGAGCAUGCAUUGCGGUUUAAGUUCCAGACCACUAAUAAUGCUGCUGAGUAUGAAGCCCUCAUCUAUGGUUUGAAGCUGGCGUCCGAGAUGAAGGUACAGAGCAUACAAGUUUUCAGUGAUUCUCAGCUCGUGGUGGCCCAAGUAAAUGGCAGCUGUGAAGUUAGGGAUCCCCAGCUUGGCCGUUACACCUCUGUGGUCAACAGAUUGAAGUCAAGAUUUGCUUCAUUUCAGAUCGACAAAAUACCAAGAGCUGACAACCACCGAGCUGACGAGCUGUCAAAGUUGCCCUCCUCGCGGGACUUUAACCCUCAGAGCACAGAUCCCUCCACGCUGAGCUGGACCACCCCACUCAUAAAUUAUCUGCAAAGUGGCGAGCUACCUGAAGAUCUGUCCGCUGCGAAAUUGGUUAAACGAAAGGCAGCACGUUUCACUUUGUUAGAUAACCAGCUCUACAAACGAGCAGCCUCAAUGCCCUUAUUACGCUGCCUUACUCCUUACGAAGCUGAAUACGCUGUGAGAGAAGUUCACGAAGGAGUAUGUGGCACGCACAUCGGUGGCAAAAUUUUAGCUCGGAAGCUCCUGAGGCAUGGUUAUUACUGGCCUACUAUGGUCGAGGAUGCGCAGAACUAUGUCAAAAAAUGUCCAACCUGCCAGUUCAACGCUGAUGAUAUACACAUGCCAGGGGAAAUGCUAUCCUCUCUUACAUCUCCCUGGCCCUUUGCUCAAUGCGGUGUCGACCUGCUCGGCCCUUUCAUCAAAGGCAAAGGAGGCUGCACUUUCCUGGUCGUUGCAGUGGAUUACUUCACUAAAUGGAUAGAAGCUAAACCUUUGUCCACGACAACAGAAAGGAAAAUAGAAGAAUUCUUGUUCAAUUCAAUAUUGUGCAGGUUCGGCAUACCUAAGCGGAUUAUCGCCGACAAUGGGCCGCAGUUCCGAGCAGCAGCACUGAGAUCGUUUUGUAAUGAUUAUGCCAUCGAGCUUGCCUUGACGUCUGUGUACACUCCACAGUCCAAUGGACAAGCCGAGUCUGCCAAUAAAAUCGUCUUGCAAGGCCUCAAGACACGUGUUUUGGCUGCGCAUUCUAAUUGGGUUAACGAGCUCAAUAAAAUGCUUUGGUCUUGUCGCACGACACCCAACUCGGCCACGGGUGAAACCCCUUUUAGCCUGGCCUAUGGAGCUGAAGCCGUCAUUCCAGUAGAGAUUGGAUUGCCAUCUGAUCGAGCAGGCUGGCAUGGCGACCUAAACAAUGAGCAACUGAUGAGAGAAAACCUAGACUUCGUAGAAGAGGUCAGGGAGAUGUCCAGAAUAAGAAACAUGGCGCAUCAAAGUCGUGUGGCAAAAUUUUACAAUAAAAGAGUUCGAGCUCGCCAGUUUCAAGUUGGCGAUCUGGUUCUACGCAAAGCUGGAUUGACGAAUGCUUAUUCGCACAUGGGCAAGCUCGCGCCUAAUUGGGAAGGACCUUAUAUGGUUAUUUCUAUUCAACGGCAUGGGUCUUACCGGUUAGCAGAUUUACAAGGUCGCCCAUUAUCAUUCAUUUGGAACAUACAUAACCUCAGGAAGUUUUACAGUUAGGAGUUAACUUUACAGUUAAUAUGUAUGUUACAAGUGUUCAGGUCGUUAUGGAUCAACUGUAAAAGGCAUUUCAUAGAGAAAUCAACACACAGAACGUUC